GCUCUACUGAUCGCAGGACGGCUCUACCCACAUCUCUGUGCAGUCCUGGCAGAACUGUCAGCUAAAUCCUCUCAGGUGUAGCUGCAGAGCGCAGGCUCCUCCCCAGCCAGCCCUGACCCGACUGUCAGAAGAUCAGGAAGACUCCUCUACAGCUAAAGCCGUAGUCGCUCGCUUCCCCCUAACAUUCAGGGGUUAAUAAGUUAACUAAACUUGUAGCAGUCAUGGAAACUAAUUUGGAAGACAAGCCGGGCCAAGUCAUCCGUAAUAUCAACUCGUCAGCCGUGUUGUAGCCGCCGAAACAACUGGUUGAAGUGGGAAGAGCGAGUCUUUUUUUCUCUCUCCACAGAGACUUUACCUACUGUUGUCAGACGAGCUAGCCUAGCUAAAGCGAACAGCUAGCUCAGUUAGUACUUUUGGGACUCAAAAUUCACUUUGUUAAAAGUUUUGGUUUGUGUCACACGUUGAUACUGCCAGAAUAAAUCCUCGUUUGUAUUUUAUAAACACAAAAGGUUGUUUUCGUACUUUUCGUUCCGAGGGCUUGGAGCUGUGCUUUGAAUUUCCCUCCUUCAGUGAUACAUACAGGCGGCUUAGCGAGGGGCUCGUUCGGUGUAGUUGGCUCUCGACCAAAUCAUUAGCAACGUUGUGCUAAUUGUGGCUAAGUUAGCCAGGGCACUAGCUUAGGCCCAAGGGAAUUAACAGUUGUCUUGUUCGCGAAAAUAAGAAACACCGUUGGAGCAAACAUUUGCAUUGUUUUUUUUACGUUUGAGUUCGGGGAGUUUGCCGCCACACGGGUUUAUUUUGACACCCAACGGAUUAAAUUACAAAUAUGGAUCCACACACGGGGAACUCUGCUUCAGCUGCUGGUCCCAAGAAGGACAAGAAAUCAAAGAAGAACUAUGAGGAUGGAGAUGGGAAAAAGAAAUUUAAACUCAAACGCCUGAUUCCUGAUGAGUUGGAGCGAUUCACCAGCAUGAGGAUGAAAAAGGACAAGGAAAAGCCCAGCCACGUGCCAGGUCAGCGACACUCUUCAGCUGCCAGCUAUGAACUCAAUGCUCAGACUACUAUGCUGCACGAUCAUUCGGAUGAAUACGUCCUGGAACUCUUCGAACAGAUGCUGGUGGAUAUGAACCUGAAUGGGGAGAAGCAGCAGCCUCUGAGGGCAAAAGACAUUAUGAUCAAACGAGAGAUGGUCUCCCAGUACCUCCACACGUCUAAAGCUGGUCAAAGUCAGAAGGAGAGCUCCAAAUCAGCCAUGAUGUACAUCCAGGAGUUAAAGUCAGAGUACAGAGAAGCACAGCUGCUGAGCUGUCUGGAAUCUCUGCGAGUCUCACUCAACAACAACCCUGUCAGUUGGGUGCAGAACUUCGGAGUUGAGGGGCUGGCCCUGCUGCUGAAUCUGCUUAAAAAACUACAGGAGGACAAAGAGGAGAACCCAAUGAUGGGAGUGAAAUGUCAACACGAGAUCAUUCGCUGUCUAAAAGCCUUUAUGAAUAACAAGUACGGUCUGACAUCCAUGCUGGAGUCAGUUGAGGGAAUUCCUCUGCUGGUCAAAGCCAUCAACCCCCGGGUGCCUCACAUGAUGGUGGAUGCUGUCAAGCUGCUUUCUGCCAUCUCAAUAUUGGAGCACUCUGAAAACCUUCAUGAGCGUGUUUUGGAGGCCAUUACAGAAGAGGCAGAGAGACGGGACAUCGAGAGGUUCCAGCCUCUCCUUACUGGCAUGAAAAAUCACAACAUUGCUCUUAAGGGUGGCUGCAUGCAGCUAAUCAAUGCCUUGAUAAGCCGGGGAGAAGAGUUGGACUUCAGGAUCCAUAUUCGCUCUGAACUGCUAAGAUUGGGACUCAGAGACCUGCUGACGGAGGUGCGGAUGAUAGAAAACGAAGAGCUGAGGGUGCAACUUACGGUGUUUGAUGAGCAGGCGGAAGAUGACUCUGAGGACCUCAAAGCACGUCUUGAUGACAUCCGCAUUGAGAUGGAUGAUGUGAGGGAAGUGUUUGAUAUCCUAGUCAACACUGUGAAGGACUCCAAGGGCGAAACCCACUUCCUGUCCGUGAUGCAGCACCUGCUGCUAAUCCGGAAUGACUAUUUGGCCAGGCCUCAGUACUACAAGUUGAUAGACGAGUGCAUCGCUCAGAUUGUGCUUCACAGGAAUGGAGCGGACCCGGACUUCAAGUGCCGUAACCUCAGCCUCAACAUUGAAGGCUUGAUAGACAACAUGGUGGACCAGACCAAGGUGGAAACCAGUCAGGCCAAGGCAACUGAGCUGGAGAAAAAGCUGGAUGCAGAGUUGACGGCACGCCACGAGUUGCAGGUGGAGCUGAAGAAACUGGAGGGUGACUAUGAGCAGAAGCUGCAGGACUUGAGCCAAGAGAAAGAACAGCUGGCCACUUCUAAGCUGGACCGAGAAAAGGAGAACCAGGGACUACAACAACAGCUAAGCACUCUGCAACAGCAGAUUGAAAAUCUGUCUAAAGAUCUGGAAGAGGCCAAGACCAAAGUUGUCACAGUUACUGUUCCUGUGCCAACAGCCGGUCUGCACCCUCCACCUCCUGCCCCGCCGCUUCCUGGCCAAAACUCAGGUAUGCCCCCUCCACCUCCACCCCCACCCCUACCAGGCCAGGCGGGCAUACCUCCUCCCCCACCCCCUCCUCCUUUGCCGGGUCAUGCCGGUUUUCCUCCUCCUCCUCCUCCGCCUCCUCUGCCAGGCAUGCCAGGACCUCCACCACCCCCGCCCCUCCCUGGCAUGCCAGGACCUCCACCACCCCCGCCCCUCCCUGGCAUGCCAGGACCGCCACCCCCUCCACCCUUACCUGGGAUGGGACCUCCACCACCACCACCACCGCCUGGGUUUCCUGGUAUGCCUCCUCCACCGCCGGGCCCAGGCAUGCCUCCACCUCCACCAUUUGGCAUGGGGACCUGGGUUGCCGCGGCACCACCCUCACUGCCUUAUGGGCUCGAGCCUAAGAAGGAGUAUAAGCCUGAGGUCCAGCUGAAGAGAGCCAACUGGAGCAAGAUCGGAUCUGAGGACCUCUCUGAGAAAAGUUUCUGGAUCAAGGCAAAAGAGGGGAAAUUUGAAAACAAUGAGCUUUUUGCCAAACUCACCUUGGCCUUCUCCUCCCAGACAAAGACCACUAAAGCCAAAAAGGAGCAGGAUGCCGCAGACGAAAAGAAGCAGAUGCAGAAGAAGAAGGUGAAGGAGCUGAAGAUUCUGGACUCCAAGUGCUCGCAGAACCUUUCCAUUUUCCUGGGGUCGUUCCGUCUCCCUUACGUGGAGAUGAAGAACGCCAUCCUGGAGGUCAAUGAGAAGGUCAUCACAGAGUCCAUGGUUCAGAACCUGGUCAAACUACUGCCAGGAGCAGAGCAGCUGACUGUCCUGGGAGAGAUGAAGGAUGAAUAUGACGACUUGGCUGAGUCCGAGCAGUUUGGAGUAGUGAUGUCUGGCGUGAAGCGGUUGAUGCCACGACUUCAGGCCAUCCUGUUCAAGCUGCAGUUUGAGGAGCAGCUGAACAACAUCAAGCCAGAUGUGGUUUCUGUGACAGCAGCCUGUGAGGAGCUCAGCAAAAGCCAGACCUUCACCAAGCUGCUGGAGAUCAUCCUCCUCGUAGGGAACUACAUGAAUUCUGGCUCCCGCAAUGGAAAGGCAUUCGGCUUCUCCAUAUCAUACCUGUGCAAGCUGCGUGACACCAAAACAGCUGAUCUGAAGCAGACACUGCUCCAUUUCCUGGCUGACGUGUGCCAGGAGCAGUAUCCCGAGAUCAUGGGCUUUGCAGACGAGCUCAUCCACGUAGAAAAGGCCAGCAGAGUUUCUGCAGAGACACUUCAGAGGAACCUGGAGCUGAUGGGCCGUCAGAUCAAGACUCUGGAAAAAGAUCUGGAAACCUUCCCUCCUCCACAAAAUGACAAGGACCUGUUUGUGGAGAAGAUGUCCAGUUUUGUGAGUACUGCCCAUGAGCAGCAUGAGAAGCUGGAUCUGCUGCAUAAGAAUAUGGAGAAGCAAUAUACCGACCUGGGAGAGUAUUUCGUCUUUGACCCGAGAAAAAUCUCCGUAGAGGAAUUCUUUGGGGAUCUCAACACCUUUAAAAACAUGUUCCAGCAAGCAGUGAAGGAGAAUCAGAAGAGGAAGGAGGCUGAAGAGAAGAUCAAGAGGGCCAAGCUGGCCAGGGAAAAGGCCGAGAAGGAGAAGGAGGAGAAACUCAAAAAGAACCAGCUCCUAGACAUCAACACAGAGGGUGAUGAAACCGGUAUCAUGGACGGCCUGUUGGAGGCGCUGCAGUCGGGCGCUGCUUUCAGGAGAAAGAGAGGACCACGGCAAGCAGCCAACCACCGACGAGCUGGUCAUGCAGUGACCAACAUCCUGGCCAAAGAGCUGAUGCAGGAAGACGCGCCUUCAUCCAGCAAACUGCCCGCUAAGAAGAAAAAGACGGAGGAGAAAGAGGAGCCUAAACCAGAAGGAGCGCAGUCAUUAGAGGAGUUACUGGAGACCACGCUCUCUCGGUCCAAUUAGGUUCUCAGGGCAGAACGUUUUUUUUUUACUCAGUCAGUGAUAUACAAACGCAGAUGUAUUUCGUAACCAUUCCAGGGGCCAACAUAAAUCUGAGAUAAGCUCACAGAAAAAGAGCCCUGUGUUUUCUCCGACCCGUAUCUUAACAGGCCCGUGUUUUAGAGUAGCAGUGACUGUGUCUUCUGGGAGGACGGGGUGGCAGAGGAUGAGGGCGGGGCUCUUACCUCCGCCACACAACACCCCCCCCCGCAUGUCCCUCGUCAACCUUUGGAUCUUUGCCAUCGUCAUGAGGAUUGCAUUGCUUUCUUCAGCAUGUGCACAUAUCUGUUUGUCUGUUUGUGUGUUUAUGUCUGUUUCACUUGAUUCACCCGUUUAUUCAUCAAAGGGCAUCUCGAGCGAUUCCAAAGACUUACUCAGAAGGGAUCCGCUCUUUUGUGCGGUUAUUUCCAAAUCCCAAAUUUAGACUGGGAACGUCUGAAAUGUGUCACAUCCUGCAGGUGUUCCGUAGAGUUCUCUCUGGAUGUUCCAGGCCAAGACCACUUUGCGCUUUUUCACAUAAUUUUUUGUUUGUUUUUUAACCUAUGACAUAUAUUGCUUUGUAUUUGUCUGAUGUAUGUUACUGUUUGUAAAUGUUAAUCAAUUCGCUGUGUUAUUGAAAAAAGUGCCAACCAAUA